AUGCCUAACAUGUUUCAAGCAAACAAUCAACCACAACGGUUUUCAUAUCAAUCAGAGGCAAUGUCAGCGUUCCUGUUCGCAACAGGAAUGACCACAGGUGUUUUUUCAAUGGCUAUAUUUGGAUCAUGUUGGAUAUUCAACAUAUCCACUCCCAAAGAGUUCAGUUCCAGUUUAAGAAGUUGGAUGGGUCUAAGUGAUUUAUCUCAAGACAGUGGGAACGAUAUCCUCGAUGAGGAAAGUUCAAAUUUGAUAGAACAACUAACCAAUUCAUACAACAAGGAUUAG